GCCUGUGCUCGGAGGCCGCCGGGCGGGGGCGCUCGGCGGGUCUCUGGAAGCUUCGAAAGCUUCACAGCCGGAAGCCGCCAUCCUCAGAAAACUGGAUUUACCUCACAAAGGUUUUCAGGUUUUUACAGUGGGGUUCACAUUUCUAAGGUUUUAAGUUUAAACGAAUUUGCCACUCCCUUUAGUCGUGAAAGGCAUUUUUUUUUUCUUUUUAAGAUGCUUAAGUGUAAGCUCCUCACUAGGAAUCAUGUGUAUCCCUUACUACUAGUAGAGAUAAAGGUCAUAAUUAUCUUAUUAACAAGAAUAGCAAACAUAGUGUGCCCAGCUCUGAGCUAUAAGCCUUUGACAUAUGCUUAUUUAAUCUUUCCAACAACCCAAGUAGGUGGGCACGAUUAUUAUUCCCAAUUUAUAGCUGAGGAAACAGGCAUAGAGAAGAAACUUGCGUAAGGCCACAGGGAUGAAAAGUAGGAAGCCAAGAUCCAAACAACCCAGUGAGUCUGGCUUUAAAGCUUGUGCUCUAGCUUUUGGGCUAGCCUAAAGAAUUGUUAUACUGUUUCAUAAUUGGGGUGUAGUUCACAUUUCACUCUGUAGUUCACAUUCUAAUCCUGUAAAAACUGAGCCCCAUCUAGGCGGGCAUUCGUUAGAUUUGGGCGGUGUGCAGUGACAUGUAACUGCCCUGCAGCCAAAGACCACUAGGAAUAUACCUGUGGUUGAACAAGUUGGGUUUAUUUUCUCAUAACUGUGACGGAGGACACACACCUUGGGGAACAGUGGAACAUCCCAGUAAGAGGGCGUUAGAUUUGUUAUAGGAUUUGGGCUUUGGUUGGGUGAUUUGGGGGUGAGUUUAAAGAAGCAGACUUUGCUCUGGAUUGGAUGCUAUCAGGAUGUGGGGGUAACACUGAGGCCCAGCCAGGACAGCUUUCAGAUGUUAAGGGCUGCUUUUUUCUUUCUCAGGAGAAUUGUAUAUUCCAGGCCAUCCUCAUCCCUAAGGAGAAAUACUGAACAGAUGAAGGCUCUGCACUGGUAAUGUAAUCUUACACAAAUAUAAGAGUGUAAGGCAUAACAAUAACUUAGUGCAACAGUUCUUAAUUCAGGGGUUCUGUGACUUUGGAUGGAGAAAAAAUUACAACUUUACCCUCACUAACCUCUAACUGAACUUUAGCGUUUCUUUCAGUUAUUGUGUAGAUGAAAAGGCACAGUAAUAUUAGCAGUACCUAUCACUUUUGUCAUCAAUAGAAAACAGAUAUUUUCAUAUCACAUUACACUCAUGGCAGAUAUCUUGAGAUGCCAUUUAUGCUCAUUACUGCUUUGAAAGUACAGUAGUUAUUAGAUAUCCCAUUUUAUUUAAUGCAUAUGCAGAAGGCACAUUAAUGUAUCAUAAUUUUGUUUUUCAAAAUAUUUCAACAAUGAUUUCAGUAUAACUGAAGUCCUUUGUAAUCCUAUGUAUUUUAUUUAUGCAUCAAAAAACAAUUCUUAGAGGGUGUCUAUCCAUAGAGAUUCAUGGCACCAAAUAAAAAGAUAAAAAGCCCCUGGUUUAACAGAACAGAUUAAGCAGUUACUAAGAAUUUGGGACCUGCAUCCAAAUUGGAUUAACGCUUCAAAGGCUGGAAGGUUGGAUGUGGAAUCAGAUAAUUUAGUACACACAUCAAUUUACCAAGGAGAGAACUGAGCCACUGAGAAGUUAAAUAACUUGCUCCAAGUCUCACAGCUAUUUGGUGAUAAAACAUUUUCAGACAAGCAUGUAAAAAUCUACUCUGCUAAAAAAAAAAUUUUUUUAGGCACUGCAUAUUUCAUAGUAAGAUGCCUCCUACCCUCAAUGAGCUUGUUGGAGUGACAGCCAAGAAAACAAAUUUCAAUGCAAUAUGAGAAGUACUAUAAAAGAAGUAUGUACAGAAUAUAAUGGGACCUUGGAGAAAGGAGUAAGUAGUUCCGUAAAAAAAAGAGAAAGGGGAAAUUUCAGGGAAGAGGCAUCAAUUAGCUGGGGUCUUAAAGGAUGAAUUAGUAUUUGCUGGUGGUAGGAAGGUCAUUGUCAGUAGAGGAAAUGGCAUGGUCAGAGGUACAGAGAUGUAAAACAUUGACCGAUUUUGGCAAGAAGUUCUUGGUUCUUUCAGAGUGUAGAAAGGAGGGCUGGUGAAAGGUGUUUUAAAAUUGAGAGAAUGGAGCAAAACUGUGAAAAGACUUGAACCCCAUUCCAAGGAGUUUGGGCUUCAGCUUGGAGGAAAUGAGGUGUCACUGAAACAUUUCAAGUUGGGAAGUGAUAAGGUUGAAUUACUGCUCUAAAAAAUUAAUUGCAGCUGCAGUGUUGAGGAUGACUAGGAGGAGGAAGAGACUGGAGACAGGGAGACCAGUUGCAAAGCUACUGAUAAAUCCACUUGUCUUUUCCAUAUAACCAAAAAAAAAAAACCAAACCCACAUACUAUUUUAGUACACAAAGAAUGUGAACUAUAAGCAAUAUUAAGAGAUCCAUGAUUUGUUCCUUUUUAAAGGGUUCUGGAAUUAGGACAACAAUAAUAUGGCACUUGAGUCUAGUUCAGACAAUGUAAUAAUAUAGAUUAUGACCUUAAAGGAUUAAUUUAUGUACUUUCAGGUUACUUCAUUGUAAGGGAAAUGGAUUCUUCCUCAGAUCCACCAGGUACUAGUGUUCCAAAAUCAGAUAACCAAUGCUCAGAAAAGGGCCAGAAAACAACCGUGGAAAUUCUAAGGAAAAUGAGUUCUUCUUCAGAUCCACCAGGUACUAGUGUUCCAAAAUCGGAUAACCAAGAGUCAGAAAACGACCAGAAAACUGUGGAAAUUCUAAGGAAAAUGAGUUGUUCUUCGCAUCCACCAGGUACUAGUGUUCCAAAAUCAGAUAACCAAGAGUCAGAAAACAACCAGAAAACUGUGGAAAUUCUAAGGAAAAUGAGUUCUUCUUCAGAUCCACCAGGUACUAGUGUUCUAAAAUCAGAAAACCAACAUUCAGAAAGAGGCCAGAAAAAAACUGUGAAACAUCUAAGGAAAAUGAGUUCUUUCUCAGGUCCACCAGGUGCUAGUGUUCCAAAAUCAGAUAACCAACACUCAGAAAGAGGCCAGAAAACAACUGUGAAACAUCUAAGGAAAAUUAGUUCUUCCUCAGGUCCACCAGGUACUAGUGUUCCAAAAUCAGAUAACCAACACUCGGAAGAAGGACAGAAAAAAACUGUGGAAAUGCUAAGGAAAAUGAGUUCUUCCUCAGAUUCACCAGGUACUGAUGUUCCAAAAUCAGAUAACCGACACUCAGAAAAAGAUCAGGAAACAGCUGUGGAAAUAGUAAGGAAAAUGAGUUCUUCCUCAGAUCAGCAAGGUACCAGUGUUCCAAAGUCAGAUAACCAACACUCAGAAAAAGAGCAGAAAACAACUGUGGAAAUUCUAAGGAAAAUGAGUUCUUCUUCAGAUCAACCGGGUACUAGUGUUACAAAAUCAGAUAAGCAAUACUCAGAGAGAAGCCAGAAAACAACUGUGAAACAUCUAAGGAAAAUGAGUUCUUCCUCAGGUCCACCAGGUACUAGUGUUCCAAAAUCAGAAAACCAACACUCAGAAAAAGACCAGGAAACAACUGUGAAAAAUCUAAGGGAAAUGAGUUCUUCAGACCCACCAGGUACUGAUGUUCCAAAAUCAGAUAACCAAUACUCAGAAAGAGGCCAGAAAACAACUGUGAAACAUCUAAGGAAAAUGAGUUCUUCCUCAGGUCCACCAGGUACUAGUGUUCCAAAAUCAGAUAACCAAUACUCAGAAAGAGGCCAGAAAACAACUGUGAAAUAUCUAAGGAAAAUGAGUUCUUCCUCAGGUCCACCAGGUACUAGUGUUCCAAAAUCAGAAAACCAACACUCAGAAAAAGACCAGGAAACAACUGUGAAAAAUCUAAGGAAAAUGAGUUCUUCAGACCCACCAGGUACUGAUGUUCCAAAAUCAGAUAACCAACACUCAGAAAAAGACCAGGAAACAACUGUGGAAAUUCUAAGGAAAAUAAGUUCCUCAGAUUCACCAGGAACUAGUGUUUCAAAAUUAGAUAACCAACACUCAGGAAAAGACCAGGAAACAACUGUGGAAAUUAUAAGGAAAAUGAGUUCUUCCUCAGAUCCACCAGGUACCAGUGUUCCAAAGUCAGAUAACCAACACUCAGAAAAAGAGCAGAAAACAACUGCAGAAAUUCUAAGGAAAAUGAGUUCUUCCUCAGAUCAACCAGGUACUAGUGUUCCAAAAUCAGAUAAGCAACACUCAGAGAGAAGCCAGAAAACAACUGUGAAACAUCUAAGGAAAAUGAGUUCUUCCUCAGGUCCACCAGGUACUAGUGUUCCAAAAUCAGAUAACCAACACUCAGGAAAAGACCAGGAAACAACUGUGGAAAUUCUAAGGAAAAUGAGUUCUUCCUCAGAUCAACCAGGUACUAGUGUUCCAAAAUCAGAUAAGCAACACUCAGAAAGAGGCCAGAAAACGACUGUGAAACAUCUAAGGAAAAUGAGUUCUUCUUCAGAUUCACCAAGUGCCCAUGUUCCAAAAUCAGAUAACCAACGUUCGGAAAAAGACCAGGAAACAACUGUGGAAAUUCUAAGGAAAAUAAGUUCUUCUUCGGACCCACCAGGUAUUAGUGUUCUAAAAUCAGAUAAGCAACACUCAGAAAGAAGCCAGAAAAUGACUGUGAAACAUCUAAGGAAAAUGAGUUCUUCCUCAGGUCCACCAGGUACUAGUGUUCCAAAAUCAGAUAACCAACACUCAGAAAGAGGCCAGAAAACAACUGUGAAGCAUCUAAGGAAAAUGAGUUCUUCCUCAGGUCCACCAGGUACUAGUGUUCCAAAAUCAGAUAACCAACACCCAGAAAAAGACCGGAAAAGAACUGUGAAAAAUCUAAGGAAAAUGAGUUCUUCAGAUACACCAGGUACUAGUGUCCUAAAAUCAGAUAACCAACACUCAGAAAAAGACCAGGAAACAACUGUGGAAAUUCUAAGAAAAAUGAGUUCCUCAGAUUCACCAGGUAGUAGUGUUUCAAAAUUUGAUGACCAAAACUCAGAAAAAGAUGAGGAAACAACUGUGGAAAUUCUAAGGAAAAUGAGUUCUUCUUCAGGUCCACCAGGUACCAGUGUUCCAAAAUCAGAUAACGAAUACUCAGAAAAAGACCAGGACACAACUGUGGAAAUUCUAAGGAAAAUGAGUUCUUCAGAUUCACCAGGAAUUAGUGUUUCAAAAUCAGAUAACCAAAACUCAGAAAAAGACCAGGAAUCAACUGUGGAAAUUCUAAGGAAAAUAAGUUCUUCUUCAGACCCACCAGGUAUUAGUGUUCCAAAAUCAGAUAAGCAACACUCAGAAAGAGGCCAGAAAACGACUGUGAAACAUCUAAGGAAAAUGAGUUCUUCUUCAGAUUCACCAAGUACUAGUCUUCCAAAAUCAGAUAACCAAGACUCAGAAAGAGGCCAGAAAACAACUGUGAAGCAUCUAAGGAAAAUGAGUUCUUCCUCAGGUUCACCAGGUACUAGUAUUCCAAAAUCAGAUAACCAACACUCAGAAACAUACCAGAAAAGGACUGUGAAAAAUCUAAGGAAAAUGAGUUCUUCUUCAGAUAUACCAGGUACUAGUGUUCCAAAAUCAGAUAACCAAUACUCAGAAAAAGACCAGGAAACAACUGUGGAAAUUCUAAGGAAAAUGAGUUCCUCAGAUUCACCAGGUGUUAGUCUUUCAAACGUAGAUGUCCAACACUCAGAAGAAGACCAGGAAACAACUAUGGAAAUUUUAAGGAAAGUAAGUUCUUCUUCAGAUCCACCAGGUACUAGUGUUCCAAAGUCAGAUAAGCAACACUCAGAAAGAAGCCAGAAAACAGCUAUGAAACAUCUAAGGAAAAUGAGUUCUUCCUCAGGUCCACUAGGUACUAGUGUUCCAAAAUCAGAUAACGAACACUCAGAAAGAGGCCAGAAAAAAACUGUGAAAUAUCUACGGAAAAUGAGUUCUUCUUCAGGUCCACCAGGUACUAGUGUUCCAAAAUCAGAUUACCAACACUCAGAAAAAGACCAGAAAAGAACUGUGAAAAAUCUGAGGAAGAUGAGUUCUUCAGACCCACCAGAUACUGAUGUUCGAAAAUCAGAUAACCAACACUCAGAAAGAGACCAGGAAACAACUGUGGAAAUUCUAAGGAAAAUGAGUUCCUCAGAUUCACCAGGUACUACUGUUUCAAAAUUCGAUGACCAACACUCAGAAAAAGACCAGGAAACAACUGUGAAAAUUCUAAGGAAAAUGAGUUCCUCAGAUUUACCAGGUAGUAGUGUUUCAAAAUUCGAUGACCAACACUCAGAAAAAGACCAGGAAACAACUGCAGAAAUUCUAAGGAAAAUGAGUUCUCCCUCAGGUCCACCAGGUACCAGUGUUCCAAAAUCAGAUAACCAAUACUCAGAAAAAGACCAGGAAACAACUGUGGAAAUUCUAAGGAAAAUAAGUUCCUCAGAUUCACCAGAUACUAGCGUUUCAAAAAUAGAUAACCAACACUCAGAAAAAGACCAGGAAACGACUGUGGAAAUUCUAAGGAAAAUGAGUUCUUCCUCCAGUCUACCAGGUACCUGUGUUCCAAAAUCAGAUAACCAAUGCUCAGAAAAAGACCAGAUAACAACUGUGGAAAUUCUGAGGAAAAUGAGUUCCUCAGAUUCGCCAGGUACUAGUGUUCCAAAAUCAGAUCACCAACACUCAGAAAGAGGCCAGAAAACAACUGUGAAACAUCUAAGGAAAAUGAGUUCUUCCUCAGGUCCACCAGGUACUAGUGUUCCAAAAUCAGAUAACCAACACUCAGAAAGAGGCCAGAAAACAACUGUGAAACAUCUAAGGAAAAUGAGUUCUUCCUCAGGUCCACCAGGUACUAGUGUUCCAAAAUCAGGUCACCAACACUCAGAAAGAGGCCAGAAAACAACUGUGAAAUAUCUAAGGAAAAUGAGUUCUUCUUCAGGUCUACCAGGUACUAGUGUUGCAAAAUCAGAUAACCAACACUCAGAAAAAGACCAGAAAAGAACUGUGAAAAAUCUCAGGAAAAUGAGUUCUUCAGACCCAUCAGGUACUGAUGUUCCGAAAUCAGAUAACCAACACUCAGAAAAAGACCAGGAAACAACUGUGAAAAUUCUAAGGAAAAUGAGUUCUUCCUCAGGUCCACCAGGUACCAGUGUUCCAAAAUCAGAUAACCAAUACUCAGAAAAAGACCAGGACACAACUGUGGAAAUUCUAAGGAAAAUGAGUUCUUCUUCAGAUCAACCAGGAACUAGUGUUUCAAAAUCAGAUAACCAACACUCAGAAAAAGACCAGGAAACAACUGUGGAAAUUCUAAGGAGAAUGAGUUCCUCAGAUUCACCAGGCACUAGUAUUUCAAAAUCCGAUGACCAACACUCAGACCAGGAAACAACUGUGGAAAUUCUAAGGAAAAUGAGUUCUUCCUCAGAUCGAUCAGGUACCAUUGUUCCAAAAUCAGAUAACCAACACUCAGAAGAAGACCAGGAAACAACUGUGGAAAUUCUAAGGAAAAUGAGUUCUUCUUCAGAUCAACCAGGUACCAGUGUUCCAAUAUCAGAUAUCCAACACUUGGAAAAAGACCAGGAAACAACUGUGGAAGUUCUAAGGAAAAUGAGUUCUUCCUCAGAUCAGCCAGGUACUAGUAUUCCAAAAUCAGAUAACCAAUACUCAGAAAAAGACCAAGAAACACCUGAGGAAAUUCUAAGGAAAAUGAGUUCUUCCUCAGAUCAGCCAGGUACCGGUGUUCCAAAAUUAGAUAACGAACAGUCAGAAAAAGACCAGAAAACAACUGUGGAAAUUCUGAGGAAAAUGAGUUCCUCAGAUUCGCCAGGUACUAGUGUUCCAAAAUCAGAUCACCAACACUCAGAAAGAGGCCAGGAAACAACUAUGAAACAUCUAAGGAAAAUGAGUUCUUCCUCAGGUCCACCAGGUACUAGGGUUCCAAAAUCAGAUAACCAACACUCAGAAAGAGGCCAGAAAACAACUGUGAAAUAUCUAAGGAAAAUGAGUUCUUCCUCAGGUCCACCAGGUACUAGUGUUCCAAAAUCAGAGCACCAACACUCAGAAAGAGGCCGGAAAACAACUGUAGAAAUGCUAAGAAAAAUGAGUUCUACAUCAGGUCCUCCAGGUACUCGUGUUCCAAAAUCAGACAACCAACAGUCAGUAAUAGACCAGAAAACAACUGUGAAAUACCUAAGGAAAAUGAGCUCUUCCUCAAUUCCACCAGGUACGGGUGUUCCAAAAUCAGAUCACCAACACUCAUUAAAGGGCCAGCAAACAACUGUGAAAAAUCUAAGGAAAAUGAGUUCUUCCUCAGAUCUACCAGGUACUGGUGUUCCAAGAUCAGAUCACCAACGCUUAAGAAAAGGCAAGGAAACAAAUGUGAAAAAUUUAAAGAAAAUGAGUUCUUCCUCAGUUCCACCAGUUACUGAUGUUCCAAAAUCAGAUAACCAAGUUUUAGAAAAAGGCCAGAAAACAAAUGCGCAAGAUGUGAAGAAGACAAAAGUAAAUAAAGAUAUUGCAGCUCAAAUAAUACAGUAUGCAUGGUUUUCUUACGUGCGAAGAACAGUGUUUCAGCUCCUAAAACACACAAUUUGUGCAGCGGAACAUCAUGUGACGUAUGACAUACUAAAGAAAGUGAACCCCUUAGAGGCUCAGCUGAUUAAAGAUCCUUGCAUGAAGUGUAAGGUCAGAUUCAGAUUUAGUGGUGAGAAUUUUCCACCUUUCAUCGUGUUUAAAAUUUUUCUCCAUACCGAAGGUCAUGGUUACAAGUAUAUUAACGGAAAAACCAUAAUGAAGCCAUCAAGUGAGGCAGUGGUUGAUGCUUGCAAAAUAAUGGGGAAAAAGAAAUUUAUUGGCCAAGUUUUGGAAGAUGAAUAUCUUUUCCAGAAGUUCAGAGUAGCUGAUGUAAUAGACGUUGUCACAAUGAGAGAUUACGUGCAAUAUACCAGUCUAAUGGAUGAGAUUCCUGCAUGUUUUGGUGGCAGAAGUAACCAUUGGAGAAGAUUAAACCUCGAAAACUUGCCCAGGGCAAUGAUGAUAUAUGAUAUAGUUGAUUAUGCACAGUCUGGAAUAAUCUCAAGCCGUCUACAGAAAGAAAUGAAAUAUCUAUCACAGAGACCAAAAACAGAAGAGAUGCGUGAGCACCAGCUACGGAUUAUUUCUGAAGUUAGGCCCCCUUCACCCAAGCCUUUGUAUCGGCCCUGUAAAAAACAAAGUCAAGUGAAACAUCUGGGUCGUCGAUCCAAACAAGCUAGAAUUAAAGUUGAAAAAAUGAGAAAAGCUUAUAAGAUGGAUAAAGAAAAAAAUGAUUCUCCGGUGACCGUAAGUUUAACUUGUAUUGAAUUUUUUGUCUUAGAAAAUAUUCAAACUGCCUGUAAGUACAAUUGCUGAGCAAUCCUGCUUCCAUAGGUAAAUUUUCCUAAUCAAGUUUAAGGAUGAACCGC